GGAAAUUUGAUAAAUGGAAACCUUUUGAGUAAUCUUGUAGCAUUCCCUUUUAUCUUUGCAAGGAGCUAGGGUUUUAAAACUAAAAAUCGGCAUUUGAAUUGGUCAGUGCCGAUUCUCGAUUCGAAUCGGUCAUUUCGGCCGAUCAGCUUCCGAUUUUAAGACCCUGCAAGGAGCCUCGGGCUUUAUAGUAGCCGGAGCGGCUUGAUUGUUUAUUCAAUUCUGUCAAGACCUGUGAAGAACAAUGAUUUUCAGACGGUUGCUUUGGAAACCCAUUCUAAAUCCAUCUUCCUCCUAUCGUCCAAGCUUCUCUUUAUCCACUGCAUCUCGUGUUCUGAGAAUCGGAGAUGUUUUGAGGCAAUCCAGGAGAUUCUCUGAUGCGGAUGUUCUUGAGUACUCGAAGCUUAGCCAUGAUUUCAAUCCUUUGCAUUGUGAUUCAGAAAGUGCCCGAGAUGCUGGAUUCGAGGAUCGUCUAGUUCAUGGGAUGCUUGUUGCUUCUCUCUUCCCUCGGACCAUUGCUUCUCAUUUCCCUGGAGCUGUGUAUGUCUCACAAAGCUUGCACUUUAAGUUGCCAGUGUACUUUGAAGAUGAGGUAGUGGCUGAGGUUCAGGCAGUCAAUCUAAGACAAAUCCAGAAGAGAUACAUAGUAAAAUUCUCUACGAAAUGCUUUAAAAGUGAGAAUCUUCUUGUGCUUGAUGGUGAAGCUAUGGCCACAUUGCCAAUUCUAGCCAUGGAUGACUAAGAACAACGUCCAGCUGAUUGAAGAUGGCUUUGGCCAGAAUUUUCCUUCUCAUUUACAUUUGUUGAUUGCCUCCUGUUCCUUUUAUUGAAGCUAGAUAAAGAUUUGCAUCGAUCUUUCUGGAUACAAUCAGGACUACUGACCGCUGACCGGAGCCCAGAGGUAUACUAAAAACAGAACAAUACAUCUAAUGCUUGAGUACCAUGUUACAAGGAAUGCAUAUAUUUAUUCAGCACGCAACUUAUCUCUGUUAUUUUGGUAUCUGAUAUAGAGUCAUUGCCACUUUAGCUUUUGAGCCAAAUAGAUCAUAUGUUUUCUGUGAAUCAAGUUUCAAGAAGUCUAGGUAGCACUUGCCAUCUGAUAGGCAAUGUUGUCGGACAACGUAGGAUGUGGCGCUAGCCAGGUAGUCAACGCCAGGAAUGAAUCGAAAAAGAAAUCUUUAUUGUUUUUUCCUCC